AUGGUCGCAACCAAACCUGCCCCCUUAUGCAUUCCCGUUUUACCGUCCAUAACAUCGACGGCGGAGGUUCUGGCUUCCGCGGGGGACUUUGCCCCGUUUCCGUACAUCCAUGCUGCGUUCGGAGUGGUGGUCAUUGUGCUCAAGGCAGUUGAGGCGAUGAAGAAGAACCGCAGAGAACUGCGCGAGCUGUACGAGUCCGUGGAGCGGUUUCAUGGGCUAUUCGAGGAGCAUGUGAAGCAGCGGGCUGUCGCUGCCCAACUGGACGCACUUUGCCAGAAGCUGCAGAUCGAAGAAACGAUGAAAGAGGUGCUGCAAACCGUCGAGCAAAUCAGGACGAAACUGCUCUCAAGUCGGGUGCUUGCGCUGGUUCUUUCGCGUUCGAUUUCCGAGGAAAUCAAGGGGCUGCAGGACACGAUUGUCAGCCUGAUCACCCAUUUCAAUACAGUCGUGGGCCUCGAUACUAACCGCCGGGUCCAAGAAUUGCAGUCUCGUCCGCGACGGCUUGCCUUGCGAAAACCAGAGGCGCUGGGGUCAUUACCGCAACGAUUGACGGAGCUGCACACCGAGGUCAGCAGCAAGAUCGACCGCCUUGGGGAUGACGUUCCCGAUACUCUUCUCCUUCUCGCGCAACUUGCACGAGAAUACGCUGCAGUCGGGCAGCACGAGCUUGCGGAAGAGAUCCAGCAGCACGUGCUCCAGGCGUAUCGAAAGCAGGGCGGGGAGGACGAGCACAAUGAACUGAGCGCUAUGGGCAAUUUGGCGGUGACCUACAUGAAUCUUGGCCGGCUGGAAGAUGCGGAGAGGCUCGCGACUGACGUGGUCAAUCGGCGAGUGGCGGGGAGCUCGGCGGAGGCCGAUUUACUGCGGAGUAUGAGCAAUCUGGCACUCGUCAAGACAAGGCUGGACAAGUACGCCGAAGCAAAGAACCUCCAACGAGACGUGUACUCUGCACGGAAGAAGAGCCUUGGGUUGAAACACCCAGACACGAUACUUGCGAUGACAAACCUCGCCAUUUCGUAUCGGAAGCUCGGGCGGCCGAAGGAUGCAAAACUAUACCAAGAAUAUGCGCUGUCGACGCUGGGCGAGGACCAUGCGGACAGUCUCGCGGUGAUGACGAGUCUUGCGAUCACGUGUGGCGACCUGAAAGAGUACGAGGAGGCGAAGCGACUGAAGAUGUUCGUUCUGGGGCGAUUGCAGCAAGAAAAAGGUGACACGCAUCCGGAAACACUGCGCGCGAUGCUGAGUCUUGCGAUAACCUACAAAGACCUCAAGCUCCCGCAAAAGGCAAAGACCCACGAGGAGCGGGUGGUGGCCGAAAGGAAGCGGAAGUUGGGUGAAGAUCAUGUCGAGACACUCGAGGCUAUGAGUCAUCUUGCUGACUCAUACUACCAGCUUGACGAGUUUGCGCAGUCGGCUGACUUGGAGGUGGACUUGCUGGCCAGAUAUUCACGGCUGUUUGGGGAGCGCGAUCAGCGGACGAGGAGGAUAAUGCGGAAUCUCGCGAAUACAUACAGGAAUUUGAAGAUGGCGGACAAGGUAAAGGAGUUGGAGACACGACUGCAAAGUGUGAUUUGA